AUGAUUUGCAAUAAUGCAUCUGAAAUGUCAAUGCAAUUUGACUAGAAAACUUAAUAAAUUAAAAGAGAAAUGCUAAGGCCUUCUUAGGCCUAGGCUUAAAUAACCCUCUACCGGCUCUAAUUAAUUACUUUUCAAGAUACCCAAAGAGAGAUCAAUGAAUAAGUCUACCCUCGUUUAAAAGUUCAAUAUGUCAAAAAAGACUCAAAAAAGACCUAAUAAUACAAAUCAUUCACGACUCCUUAUGGAAUUUCAAAGAAUAGCAUACUAAAAAAGCCCAAUUCAAGUCUAUUUAAAAGAUCUAACUAAGUUUCGGGGAUGCGUCGAAACAACAUUAAUAACUUGAGUUCAAGUUUAACUUUUCAAACAUACACUUAAGGUAGCUCAAUGUCCACAAAUCCUGACACAUUGCAAUCCUCGGAGCUGAAGAAAAAUGGACUAAACUUAGUCAACAAAGCUACAAAGGAUAAUCAUGAUAUACAUCGCAGUAUUGGGACAUACCUAGAGACAGAUGAAAAUGAAAAGGAUUCGGUAUCAAAUUCAUCUUCAGAUACAGUAUCAGUAGAUUAGGCUUAAUCCUAUGACCUUUUCAAGGCAAACGAUGACGCUCCCGAAUAUGUAAAUUUGCUGGAAUCAAAUACUAAUUAAAAAGGGAAGCCGGGACUGAGAUUGCAUUAUUCUGAGUUAAAGCAGAUCAAAGAAGAAGAGCUAAUUUCCAGAGAAAAUUCAUGCUCCACAACUCAUUUAGAGGAGGGCACUUCCAACGACGAUAAAAUACUUCGAAAAGCCUAUUACCGUAGUGAGAAGGGUUUUUAAACAAAGUCAAAAGUAAUACUCAUUGUUGUAGAUCUAAAGCUAUGA